AUGGCUCCAAAGAGGAGCCGAAAGAGAAAAGCAGAAGUGCCUGAGCCAGACCCGUGGAAUGAUUCCUGGAAUGGGGAGGAAGAGGACCCCUGGGCUCAUGAGACUCACCAGAACCAGAGUGAAGAUCCAUGGCGGUUUGUUGCUGAGGAUGACGUUCCAGCUGAUGGUGACAGCAUGUUGGUGGAGAAUCCAUGGGCUAGCAAUCCAGGGAGCAAGCUCACCACCCAUAACUCUCAGAUCCAUUUGGAUGCUGCUCUUAGGCUUGCUUCGGAUUUGGCACCAAUUGCAAAAGAGGCCAGCCAGUAUGACACAAAUGGAGCAUGCCCAAAGCGACUAGGUUGUGUUCUCUCAUCUAACUGCAAGCGGAAGCACUGUGCACGCCCAGGAUGCAAAGCAGGUGUAAUUUCACAUCAAGAAGUUUGCAGUUUCAUGGAGAAGUGGGUCAAGCUGCCACUUCCUGACAGAAGCCAUCUCCUGCGUUGCAACUACUACCAAGACAAUAGCGUGAUUGCCAGAGAUGCUGAAGCAGUGAAGGAGACAGUGGAGUGGCACAUGUGUGGCUAUGCAAUUUGCUUUCAGAGGUUUUGUGAGAUUCUUGGAAGUAGUCAAAGAACAGUCCGCAGGCUGAUCAGUGGGCAGCCAGAUUUGAGAUUGUCUAAGUCGGGCUUUGGUAGCCAAUCCCGGGCGGCAGUGCAGACUGCCAAAUGUGACCAUUUUUUCCGGACACUCCAUGCGUCAGCUGCUGAGCCAAUGCCAGAGGAGGCCCAAAUGUACCCCAAGGCAAAACAACUGGGCAGUCAUUCAGGAGUUCAGGUGUCCAGGAGUUCAGGGGUUCAGAAGAGAGACAUGACCAGCAUUGAUGCAUGGGAGCAUUGGAGCUAUGACUGGCUCAGCAUGCCUCCAGCAGAUGUUCAAGCAGCAGAGAAGGCUCACUGUGGCACCUUGGGCUUGCCUAUAAGAUACAUUCAACAUCAAAGGUUGAUUGAUCUAUACUGGCAGUUUACAGCUGAAUGGGACAUUCAUGUUGAGAGAAAUCCAGGAGAUGGUGAGUGCCCUGCUUUCCAGACAUUUGCGAAGCGCUAUUACAGCCACUGGCGCUAUGUGCUGGUCAUGAGAAAGAUUUCUCAGCAUGGUCAAUGCAAAACCUGCUUUGACUUUCAUUCUGUGCUCAGGAGCCCAAAAGCUGAUUGGAGCACCAAGGCUAUACUGAUUGGCCUUCGCAAGUGGCAGACUCCAGAUGCCAUGCUUGAUCACAUCAAGGCAAAACUGGAACCAAGGGUCGCUGCCCGGAAGGAGGAUAUUUGGAACUGCUUCAAGCCUCGUGCUGGCAUUCCCACCCCUCAUUGCUUCAUGUGCAUGAAGGGCAAGAAUCUGCCAAGAAAGUAUGCAGUGAUGCUUGAGGAGCCAAAAGAGGAUGAGGCAGUCUACUGUUGCGUCAAAGGCUUUGUCCGUGACACUUGCUUGUUGCAGCCGCCUGUUUACCUUUCACCACCUGGACGACAUACUGCCAUUCGAGAAAGCCAGCCUGGCCAGCUCAUUGGCAAGAAAGAAAUGUCUGAGAGUGAGAUCCAGAGCUACAUCAAAUUAGCUCAGUUGUGCAAAACCAAGUUUGACAUGCCAGAAGCUGCGGAUGAGAAGUUGAAUCAGUGGUAUGGCAAGAUCUUUGCACAGCUGCAAGCUGACAUGAGUGACAGCAGUCUUGCUUCAGUGCAUGAGUGGAUGGAGAGAACUUUUCCAAACACAACUGCCAAGAACCAACUGAUGACAGAUUUUUCCAAUCUGGAGUCAGAAUGCCGAAAGAUUUUGGCAGCCCCAGACAAUGGAACAAUCACUUCUGAUGUUCCAGAAGUUCUGGUCCACAAUGAUGUGCCAGUCCGCUUCAAAAUCAGGUUGCACAACUUUGGCUUCUUGGAGGACUCACAGCUGAAGGGGCCAGUUCAGUCUUAUGCUGUGAGCCUUGGGUUGCAUGCAUGUUUGGCCAAGCAUGGGCAUGUCAAUAUCCAUGUUGCUAGCUUGUUCAGCAAGAUUCCAGGAUUGGUUCAGCUUAGGAGGGACAACAUCCAGAAGUUCAUGACCAAUCAGAAGGGCAACCAAACCAACAAAUACCCCCUGGAGAUCCUCUUUGACUAUGUUUGCAAGCUCAACCAGCAUCCAGUGAAGCCAGGUUCAGUGAUUCCGGCGUUCAGCAUCGCCAUGUUCAUUGGCAGCUCGACCAUCAUGUCAUCAUUCUUGCUGUGCAUCUAUGCUUGCAAGCUCAAGAUUAUUGACGCAGUGAAGGGCGACCUAAAGCUCGAGCGCGAGGUGGCUACAAGGUUGCUGAGUUGCUUGGUGAUUCACUGCACAGCUGUUACUGCCACCAAUCAUGAUCAGGCAAUGCUGAAUGCAUUUGCCCAGAAGCGGGAGGCUUUGACGCGCGUCCAACCUUCUUUGUUCCAGCACUACAGUGUCUACCAAAGAAUUCUGGCCAAGAGACCACCAGCCAGAGGGACUCGAGAUGCGCAUCUCCGCAGCAUCAUGGUGGAGCAGAACAAGUUGAGUGUCACUAAAGCCAAGAUCCACAGCAAUGAGAUGACAGCGAUCCUUUUGCUAGAUUCAGCUGGUCCAGGUUUUCAGAAGAUCAUUGCCAAGGCUCACAUGGCUGACCAGCCGCAGGACACUGCCUUUCCCCUCUCGCUCUUGAACAAAGACUUCCUGAAGAAGGAGGAUAACCCCCUGUGGCAUGCCAUCCAUGAGCACAGCUGGGACAAAGUCACUACUUGGGCUCAGCGUGUUUCAGGAAAAUGGGAUCACCGCAUGCAGCAAGCCCUGAAAGCUGGCCAGGCGUUGAGCUACAAGAAUGGUGCAGUGGCCGCCGACAUGCGUGACAGCGGCAAAGAGUUGAAUGUGUGGUACAUGGCACAAGCCAUGUGUUACUUUGAUGACCAUUUCCAAAAAGCUCUGAAGCCAGACAGAUUUGACCAAGUCAAAUCAGAUUGGCUGGCUGGCAAGCUGGACACACAGAUUUUGCCAGCAGUCCUCGCCAAGAGAAAGGACUUCCAACCGCGCGACUUCCAGUUCGUCUUGCUGGAGCAACAGGAUGCCUUGUCUGGACUGAACUUCUUGAGUUUAGGCAGUUCAGAGAAGCAGGAAUCCCUCCAACGCUUGCACAAGCAACUGGGGCAAGAACAGAAAGCCUGGCGAGCCCACAUGGCAAAGGUCAAGGCGCAUGAGGACAGCUCCAUGGGUUCCUUCAACCGCCAAGUAUCUCGACAACAGGAGGCCUUGGAGGAGGCAUGGCAGGAGCAGAGCACAAAGUUCAUUCAGGUGUUCAGCUGUGCAGAUGUUGCUGGUGCAAUACUCCUGGUCAAUCAAGCAAAGGCCAUGAUUGCUGACGAGCAGCUGAAGGAUGCAAGUGGCAUCCCAUGUAUUUUUGAAUGGAACUUUCCAAAGGCUGGAGCAAGAGCCAGCAAACUGAUCCCAGCAGUGGCAAGCACCAUUGCAGUGUCAUGCAGUGAGAAUCCAAAGACAGUCAUCCAUGUUGUCAUUCCACCCUGCCAGCCAGUGUAUGGCAAGGGAGACUCUGCUGGAGAUGAACGAAUUGCCAGCAUCGAGGACCACGUGAACAAUUUGUGGCAGCAGCUCAACGAUCCAUCCCACCGUCUUUCUGUGCGCAAAGUCAAUGCACUGUGGAACUCAGAGACCUUUUACUCCUCCGACAGAGAGUUGGGUUUUGAGGUAUGGCUUGUCCUUGCAGAGUCGACCAGGGAUGUGAGCAAAAGCACCCGCUCCUACAACAAUGUCUUUGGCAACAGCAGCCUUCUCAAGAGAGGUGCCUUCCCCUUCCUCCUCAAUGCGAUGGAAAGGAAAGAUUUUCAGAACUGGAAAGCCCCACUGGGGUUUGACCAGGGCAAAGUGGCCCAUGGACAGGACACAGCACAGUGGUUUUCAGGAGUUCAGGGGUUCUGUAGUUCAAUCACUGAGCUGUGCAUGGGGUCCAUUCUCCAGAAGGAUGAUUUCCUGCUGGUGGCCGACAUGCUGAUGUAUGACUCCGAGCCUGGCAAAGGGUGUGUGGAGCUGAACUGCGGGAGCAACAAAGAA